CGCCAUGAGGCUCAGGCUACAGGAUCGAUACACCGAGAGGCUGAGACUGAAGAGGAAACGCAAAGGCGCUGCUAGAAAAUAAUAAUAAUACACAGUUAACGUAAUAUUUACGUUGCAACAUUUUUUUUUUACAUUUAGUACCAGCAGUUGCCGUUAACGAUGAUGAACGGACAGAUGAAUGGUUUUCAUAACUCCCUCAUUGACGAGGACUGCUUCUUGUUCACCUCGGAGUCUGUCGGAGAAGGGCAUCCCGACAAGAUCUGUGAUCAGAUCAGCGAUGCAGUCCUAGACGCUCAUCUCAAGCAGGAUCCUGAUGCCAAAGUUGCGUGUGAGACCGUUGCCAAGACCGGAAUGAUCCUGUUGGCAGGCGAGGUGACAUCUCGAGCCACGGUGGACUACCAGAAAGUUGUCCGUGACACCAUUCGCCUAAUUGGAUAUGACGACUCCUCCAAAGGCUUCGACUAUAAGACCUGUAAUGUUCUUGUGGCCUUGGAGCAGCAGUCUCCUGACAUUGCGCAAGGUGUUCAUGUCGACCGUAACGAGGAGGACAUCGGAGCAGGGGACCAGGGCUUGAUGUUUGGAUAUGCCACUGAUGAGACCGAGGAGUGCAUGCCUCUGACAAUCGUUCUUGCCCAUAAGCUGAAUGCUAAGAUGGCUGAGCUGCGACGCAACGGCACCCUUCCAUGGCUCCGGCCAGACUCAAAGACCCAGGUUACUGUCCAGUACCGCCAGGACCGCGGCGCCAUGCUUCCAGUGCGUGUGCACACAAUUGUUAUCUCUGUUCAGCACGAUGAAGAUAUUUGCCUGGAGGAGAUGAGAGACGCCCUGAAAGAGAAGGUCAUCAAAACUGUUGUUCCUUGCAUCUAUUUGGACGAUGACACCAUCUAUCACCUGCAGCCCAGCGGGCGAUUUGUUAUUGGGGGCCCACAGGGUGAUGCCGGCCUGACAGGGCGUAAAAUUAUUGUCGACACCUAUGGAGGUUGGGGAGCCCAUGGCGGUGGAGCCUUCUCUGGAAAAGAUUACACAAAGGUGGACCGUUCUGCUGCUUAUGCUGCACGCUGGGUGGCCAAAUCUCUGGUGAAGGCUGAGCUCUGCAGGAGAGUGUUGGUCCAGGUGUCCUAUGCCAUCGGAGUUGCCCACCCCCUCUCCAUUUCCAUCUUCCACUAUGGGACCUCCCACAAGAGUGAGAGGGAGCUGCUUGACAUUGUGAAGAAGAACUUUGAUCUCCGUCCAGGAGUCAUUGUCAGGGAUCUGGAUCUGAAGAAGCCCUUGUAUCAGAGGACCGCGGCCUAUGGCCACUUUGGCCGAGACUCCUUCCCAUGGGAGGUGCCCAAAAAACUCAAAUACUAAACCUGUUAAGCUUUUCCCCCCAGGCUUGUUGGUGUAUACUACAGAGAAGCCUCCAAGUUCCGGGGGUGAAAUGCCCUUAUCUCUUUAAUAAUGGUAUCAUUAACACAUGACUCCAUCCCUCCCUCACUCCACCUCCCUCUUCUUGUCUGGUUACUGUUUUUCUGCUGGUUGCAGUAUUGUACUGGGUCCUAGGAGGCAUGCCUCAAACUUGGAUGUUUUUAAAGAGUUGGAUGGGUUCCAUGAACUCAUGCACCAUAGUGCUUCAUGUUCUCCCACGUCUUGAGGUCCCCUUGCUUCUCGUUGUGAUAGUCCCCGAAUAGCUGCGGUUCAGUUGUUCUUUUGGCAUUCCAAACUCCGUCAAUAUUGUCAGUCCUCUAUUCAGUGUCAUAGUAGUAGCAUUUUAGACGAUAUGCGUUGCUGGUGCUACUGAUUUAUAAGGAGUCUGCGUUACAGCUAAAGAUUUGAAAGUCCAUUUUAGAAGCAAAACCUGACACUGGAGGAUCCUCUGAUCUUCCCAAAUAAGUUCAGCUUCUUUCUAAACAUUCCCCCUUUGUCAGUCUGGUACAAUUAUUCCUUGACCCAGUGUUCUUUAUCCCCUUUUUGUUAGCUUUAUUCCCUCGUCUUUGUGGAGGAUGCUAGAAUGGCACAAUUAAAAUUCAAGGGUUGUUGCUGUUUUCACUAAAAAUGCUAUGCAUUGCAGGCUAAGGGGCAAGUCAAAUCCUAAUUAUUCAAGCUCUCAAGUGAGCAUAAAGCCUCAGAUGCCCCUACAGACCUUUGCUGUUUUCUGACGUAAUACAGAAAAGUCAGAAGCUGCUAUGUCACUGCUCUGGUCUGCAGAGGUAUCGGUAAUACUUGAUAGUGAUGGAAAAACUCGAUUGUUUAUGCAUUGAAAUUCAAUUUUUAAAUGAGUCCUUUUUUAAAUGUAGAUUCACUUGCUUUUUUAUGGUUUGAAGUGACUAAAGGCCCUUUGACUCCAUAAGAAUAUUGAUGUCAGGUGUAGCUACAGAGAAACCUGGUUCCCAUCUUUAUUCUUACCGGAGUUUGUUCUUUGCCACAGAGUCUUAUUGGCUAGAUGUCAAACCUCAAUACUAUUUAUUUGUUCUCUGAAACUCGGCGUGGAUACAGAGAAGCUGAAGUUUCAGAAGGCAGCUUUAAACACACUUGGUUAUUGAAUCUUGAAUUCCUUUUGACUUGAUCAUUUUUCAGUGUUUGGCUUGAGGCUCCAGAGUGUUGUACAGAAAAGCUUUGGUUGGCCUCAACAAGAAACUGUCACUGGUUAAUGUUAAUGACUAUUUUACACCUUUUCUUAUUUUUGGACAGCAGAUAUUAAUUUUUAGAUGGGUUGGUUUUGAAAUCCCAUUUUAAAAUGUCUGGUGCAAUUCUUUGGCUCUUACCUGUCCUCACUAAUGGGAUGGCAACAUUUGGUUGGUGUAGUACAGAGAAACCAGCCUUGUUUACAUGGCCAUCCCAUGUGUUGGAUAGAGGUUUGGAGUUUUGGUUUUGUUCCCUUUUACUACUCGGAGGUCAUAACGUUGGCUACAGUAAGUGUAAGAGUGCCUUUUCUAUUUCCUCUGCUACCAUUUCCCUUUCUCCCCUCCUACCAACAUGCGUUCAACUUCCACAGGAACAAGUAGCUCAUACUGUAUUAUGCUUCAUGUUUAGAUUGGGUCGUUUCCUUAUGCUCUGUAAUAAACAACUCCCUUCAAA